UGUUUUGUUUUAAAUCUUCAGUUACCUCCAAAAUGUGAACUUUUCCAGGAUCAGACUUUAAAUUGCUCUUUUGUAAAACAGGAAAUACAAUUUCAGAUACUAAUGCAGUAUAAAAUUCAUACACUGCCCUGGUUCAGAUUUAAUUGUAUUUAAGCAGAGGUUUCUUGUCUGCUUUCAUGAUUUCUAACUGCAUAGACAUGUCUCUGAUCUGAGACGCUUUUCUACAUGUUCACAUGUUUAAUCAUGAGCAGCUGAUGAGAUCACAAAAUGUGGUGUCAGAUUUCAGCUCAUUUAUUACAGAAGAUUUUACUACCAAGAGAAAACCAAAAGACAUUAAAAGUGUCAGAAACAUCUGCAGAAAAUGAAGGUCAGUAAUUUCUCUGUGUUAGAAAAUGAAUCUAAACUUUGGCGUGUUUUCCAGUUAAGAAUGGCUGAGUGUUAUAAAGUAGAGGAAGAGAGGAGUGGACUGGAUACGAACACCACUCAGAUAAAAACAGAAAAUCACAAACACAGCUUAAGAUUCUGUUACGAAUCUGAGAACUACACAGUGACCUGUAAUACCCCUAAGACCAUCCUAGAGACACUUCAGACCGACUCCUCAUUUAAAGGUGUCUAUAAGGAAAUACAGAAGAAAAGUAAGCAGGAAAUAGUCAUCAGGAGAGAGGAGAUGCCCAGAGCUGCUUUAACAACACAUUUCCCCUGCUGUUUGAUCAACCACAACGAGCUUCUGGACCUCGAAUUCAUCAGAUCAGGUGAAAACAUCAAUACAGCGAAGCUACCAAAAUUCACUUUUCACCCACGUGAAAAUCUGGUUUGUUUCUACAUUCAGACCAGAGGUGAUGAAAAUAUCCGCAGGCUGAUGAAGAAUAAUGAGCUGAAAAGAACUGUGGAGUAUGUGUGUGUGUAUGCAGUAAAAGGGGAAAAAGUGAAAAUGGCACUAAAGCGUGAUGGGAGAUUUACAGAUGCGGUUAUCAAAAAAGGAGCUCUAAAUGAGCAGGAAAACAAGAACAUCACAAAUCUCUCUAAUCUUGUUGAUUAUCUGGAUGGAAAGCAGUUUCAGGUCAUUGUCUCUCGUCACCCGACAGGCAGCCAGGAGUCGAGCCAGGAGCUGAGUCAGGAGUCAGAAGUAAAAGUGAAGGUUGGAAAAAGUGAAGCUUCUGAAACUCCUCAAGAAGAAAAACCAAACCAAAACUCCACUACCACUCAAGAGAAGAAAACAGACACACCACAGGAAGAAAAGGUGUGGAGAAAAUCCCCAGACACAAAAGAGAUCUCAAACACAGAGGAGAUCCUGAAGCUCCUGCGAGAGCAGCAUGGAGACUUGUUGAAGACGCUGAAUUUGCGAAAGAAUGUUGAUGUGAAAAGGUUUUUCAGACAGGAGUAUGAUAAAAGCAUUCAGAGCUUUUCAGAAGUGAAUAAGGUGAAGCUGUUGAUGGCUAGAUCAGACUCCGUCUGCCAACUCCGCAUCAAUGAUUCUGCAGUUGGAUCCGGAUUUCUGCUCUUUAACAAGUUUAUCCUCACCAAUGCACAUGUUGUUGAAGACGUAGUCCUUCAUUCAUUAAAACUACAAACUACAAAUAAUACGAAAUACAAACUAACAGCUGCGUUCCAUUUUGAAAAUUUGGGCUCUGUAGGAAUCGUGAUACCAGUGGAGGAGAACGCUAUUGCUUAUUGGAAGGGAAAAGAUAAGAGUGGGAACUAUCUGGAUUUUGCUUUGCUGGAACUGAGCAGUGAUGACAGUGAGAAAUCUCUUGAUUUUGCUUUGAUGGAACAGAGCGAUGAUGAUCAAAUUCCCGGAUUGCUGAGGUUCUAUAGCCCUCCACCUACCAGGGGGGCUGUCUGCAUUAUCGGACAUCCAGGGGGUGGAGUAAAGCAAAUGGACCCUUGUUUUAUUAUUGCAAAAGAGGAUAUUCCUCAAGCAGCAGAGACAUACUUUGAAAAGAAUCCAAGCCUUAAUGUCCUUCAUGUUAUAACACAGGAUGUCUUGAAUGAGGACAAGGAAGUGCGUGAAUCCCAAACCCUUUACCAUUCCUGUUUCUUUCAUGGAUCAUCUGGCUCUCCACUGUUUGACCAGCACUGCAACCUGAUUGGUGUUCACACUGGUGGAUAUGUUUAUGAAGGAGAAAGAAAGAAAACCAGGAGUGUGAUGGAAUAUUCAUUUCCACUGUUUUACAUUCUGGUGAAUAUCUUCAUACAGUGCAGCAAUGAGAAAAGAUCUGAUGUAGUUCAAUACUUUGAGUCCCAAAGCAACAUGAAAUAUGUUCUCCAAGUGGCAAAAGAACAGUUAGAGAGAAAUUCUCAGCCCAUGGACACUUCAUAAUGAUCAUGACAUCAUUAACUACAUUAAUGACAUCAUUUCUUAUCAUCCUUAAUCACACUAAUAAUACUGCGAGUUAGUACAAGUAUUUUCUGUACAGAAAGUCUUGAAAUAUCAAAUGUGAGAUUUGAGCAUUAAAAGGAUGGGGAGUCAAUGAUUUUCAACAAGUGAUUCACUUCUUCAACCUCCAGAAAUCACCGAUUCUAGCCAUCUUCUCCCUCACUGGGACUGCCUUCAUCUUCAGCAUGGUUCAUUUUAUAUUUAUUUGCUUUUGUCUCAUGCUGUUUCCUCUCUUUUCUUGCUUGUCACUGGAGAUAACUAGCACAUAGAUAUUGUAAUGUUUUCUCUUUAAUAAUUGUAACAUAUUCAUUCAUACUUUUUUUAGCUGGUAGAGUUGAGAGGUUCACAAUUACAAAUGUAACAAAUUUGAAUAAAAUCAUGAUUUUUUGUUUCUCUAUAUUCAUUAUCCUGCAUGAUGCUUCUGUGUUUGAUUCAUUUAUUCCAUUACUGUAAUACAGAAUAUGAAAAUAAAAUUUAAAAUGAA